CAUUGGUUUUCCUUUGGAAUGUACGGCUACUACCUGACACUAGGGGGAGGUAGUGUGCUUAUUGAUCUAGGAUAUCAGUAAGGCAAUGAUAGAAAAAGUUAGAUUUGUUUGGGGACGAACAGCAUGGUGUCUGCGUGCCACUCUUAAGAGUCCAGACUGGGAAUCUAUGGGAUUUUCUGCUCAGUCAAUAAGGACUCUUUAGUCCUUACUGAUAAUAUCCAGGAGGAUUGUGCAUCAAAAGGACUGUUUAACCUCAGGACACCCUACUGCUAUCCUCCUCGUUAUCUUCUGGGUCGAUGUACAAGGAGAAAAGUCUAGUUACUCGCAUGGUUAAUGACGGAUUAUAUCGGACUGACUCCAGCCAUUGCGUUUCCAGACUUUCGUGCACUUAAGUACAGCAGAAAGGACUUCGUCAUUUCUGCCUAUCCAGAUAAGAACUUUUGCACUGCUUUUGUAAAUAGUGUUGUUGAUGUAUGACGUGUUCCUUCUAUGUUGAAAUGCCUUGACUCUGGCCAUGAUAUGUGUGAUUUCCUAUCAUGUAUUGAUGGUGGUAUGUAUUCUUUACCUCUUUCUGUUGUGAAUAAUACUCACUUUUGCAUCUAUUUCUUGUCUUACUGAGUAUUUAGACUAACACAGAGCAUAGCCGGCGGUUCCCUCCCUAAUAUAAAUCUUGUGGCAAUUCGUCUGGGUGUGAAUACUAGACGAACUGUUACAUAUUGGCGCCCGAACAGGGACCUGUAGGCAUUUAUAAUCUUUUGUGUUCAGUGGAUAUUUCAGAUGUUUCAGCAUGGCAAGUGAGGCUGCUCUGGGAGAGGAUGAAUAUGGUCCUGAACUGGAUUUCUCAUCUGAGACAUUUAUUACCCGAAGAGACCCAUUGGGUGAGUUAAUGCACACAUUCAGCAACUUAUACAUUGAUGAAGAAGAAGAGGAAGAAAAGGAAAAUAGCUUAGAUGAUGUGCAGGAAAGGUUUCUACCUCCACCCCCACUUGAAUGGGAAAGUGAGCAUGACCAAGCUACACCAAUAACAACAACAGUGAUAGUAGAGAAGUUAUCAGAUCGACUAACUGAAGGCAGCUGGGAAGAGAACAAACGAAGGUUGAGUGAGUGUGUUUCUCAAGAGUUGUUGGAAUCCAAGUGUCAAACGCUGAAGAAAAAAAUGAACUAUCGUUUUGAUAGAGAGAGAGAUAGAAUGAAGGAACAACUGGAACUAGCAAUAAGGGACUUAGGAAAAUCCAUGAUUGACUGUUUGAAACGGAGGGAUGUCCAAAUUGAACAAAAGUUCAAAUCAUUCAAUGCUCGCUUGCAUAACUCUGCACAGACUAUUCCCAAUUGCUCUACUCCUUAUACAGCUUCUCAAAAUCAAACUUAUAAUGUACAGAACAUUCCCUCAAUUUAUCAAGAAAGUCACACAUCCUUGCAGUACAAUCCCCCGGUUAAACUUGAGUUCCCUAGCUUCUGUGACGCUCAGGAAGAGGAUCCUGUAAACUUCAUUGAGCAAUGUGAAGAGUACUUUGCAGUUCGACUUCUCAGUGAUGCGGAAAUUAUGGCUGCUUUGACUGCUGUACUCAAAGGUACCGCUAAAGACUGGUGGCUGGCAGAACGGCAAAACGUGAGGAAUUGGAAGCAGUUUCGAGAAGUCUUCUUGCAGUCCUUCUUAAGUGAAGAUUACGAACAUGUAGCUAUGAGAAGAUUACAAGAAAGGAAACAAGGGGUUAAGGAAUGUUUUCGGGACUUUGCUUACCGGUCUCGAGCGUUAUGUAUGAAAUGGAAAAGUGGAAUGAGUGAGAGAGACAUUGUCCAGGCUGUCCUAAGAAACUGUAACCCUCGUCUAGCUAGUCUGUUAAGAGGGACCGUGAAGGAUGUUGCUGAACUAGUGAGGAUUGGCACACAAAUCGAAAGGGAUUUUGAAGAGUCUAAGAGGUAUUGGAGUCAAGUUAAUACAGCUGACCAAAAGAAGAAAGUUCAAUCAGCUCGCUGUCUCCAAGUAGGACCUUGUCAUACCAGUACGACCAUAGUCCAAACUUCCCAUAAUUCAGCCAUAACUGGAGUCAAGACUGUCACCAUCCCUAUUAUUUUACAAGAUCGAUACUGUACAGCUAUGGUAGAUACUGGUAGUACACUCUCUCUCAUUAAAAAGUCCACCUGGGAACAGAUUGGCAAGAACGAGUCAUAUCAGCCCUGUGGGGGUCAAGCAUUUCUUCUCGCCAAUGGACAGCAGCAGACUCCAAUUGGAAGAGUGACUUGGAAGUGUGAGAUCCAAGGAUGUAAGAUGGAGCUAACGUUAUACAUAAUGAGUGAUGCGGAUUUGACUGUGCCAAUCAUCCUAGGGAUGGACUUUCUGAUGGAUUCUGGAUUGACUUCAGACUUUCAUUGAUCACAAUACAUCAUACCAGCCAGAGAAGGAAGAGCUGAAGAAACUUUCCCUUUUUUGCCACAUGGAUCCCAAGCGACAGUACAUUUUUAUAUAGCCCUACCCAUCCCUCCUACAUCCAAUGAAACACAACUGUCCAUCCAAAAACUGGUUCAACAGGCUAAUACUACUGUUCAGGUCAGAACCCAAUUGGAAAAGUUAAUGUUGCAAUGGCCCGCAGUAUGCACUCACGAAAUAGGACAUUCCAACCUAGUAAAACACCAAAUCCUCACAACUGAUGAAGUUCCAGUCAGAAAACGCCCAUAUAAAGUGUCUCUAGACAAGCAGCAGUUCAUUGAAUCUGAAAUCAAUAAUCUACUAACCAAGAAGAUUGUCAGGCCAUCAGCUUCUCCAUGGGCAGCACCUGUCGUAGUAGUGCCUAAGAAGGAUGGUAGUUCAAGAUUGUGUGUGGACUAUCGUGGUUUGAAUGCUAAAACUCACCUCGAUGCAUACCCUAUGCCACAGAUCCAAGAUAUUCUGGAAUCCUUGCAUGGUGCCACGAUAUUCAGUACACUUGACCUAAAAAGCGGAUGCUGGCAGGUGGAAAUGGCGCCUAACAGCAUCCAGAAAACUGCCUUUGUCACUUCAUCUGGGCUAUACGAAUUUUGUCGUCUUCCUUUCGGGCUUAAAAAUGCUGCUGCAACUUUCCAGAGACUAAUGGAACAGGCUCUUAGAGAAAUCAAGGGUAAGUGCUGUUUCAGUUACAUUGAUGACAUGUGGUGUUCUCCAAGAAUGAGGAAGAACAUCUUUGCCAUCUGCAGCAAGUUUUCCAUUGUCUCCAUAAAGCUGGUCUAACCCUCAACCUGAACAAGUGUAACUUCAUGCAACAGACUCUCACCUUCUUAUGGCACAUUGUGUCAAGCAGUGGAAUAAAAACAGAUCA